GUAGGAGAGAGCUGAAACCCCACAGAAAUAGUGGCACAAACGAAAUCCCUCCCAGCUCACUGCUACCAAACUGAUUUUACUACGAGGCUGUGUGAAAGAAAUUAAUGUUCCUGGUGACUAACACGAAAAGUCGUUCACCCACCGCCUUAAAGUCCCUACGUGGCGCAUUUCUGCUCCCUGUAGGAGUGUUUGGAGGCCUGUGGGUCACCGGUCAUUGGUCAACAGAAGCCACCAGCCUCUCCGGAUGAAGCAGCCUCCUCCUCCUCCUCCGCCGCCACAAAACCAGCACACAGCAUCUCAACCCGGUGACUUGACGGACAGCAGCUGAGACUCUCCGCUCUGGAGGCAGAAAAACGCACAAAAUCUAAAGUUUUGGUCAGCAGAGCGCUUUGGGAGUGCGAUGGCGCGGUGAGGUGAUCUGGGGUAAAAGUGAUCAGUGUUUCUUUUCUACGGAUUAUCGAUAAGUGCAGAAGAGGAGCGCGUUGUUGCCAUUAAUUAUUUAUAAAUUCUUGUAAGAAAAAAAAAGCGGCGGGGAUGCGAGAGAGACGCCGCAGCGGCGAGGAUCGCCCGCUCUGAACCGGAGGAGUCACCGGCAGAUGAUGUCCCGAUGUGAGAGUGUUUCCAGAGGAGACGAGGGAGGAUGAAGAAGGGGGGAGAGGGAUCGAGAGCGGCAGAGGUGGAAUAUAAUGAAGUUGAGUGGGAAAGGACUGUGCACCGUGUUCUCCAGCACCCUCCUCUUCGUGUGCGCCCUGAGCGAAGUUGUCGUUGGAAUAAGAUGCGUCUCGCUGGGAUCUACGGUGAAGGCGCAUUUCCACCUCGGCGCCGCGGCCGGAGCUUUCUACUCCGGGCUACUUGUGGGCAUCGGCCAGGUGCUGCUGGGCUCCGCGCUGCUCUGUUGCAUGGAGAAGCCCGGCUGCAGGAAUUUCUUUCUGCUCGGUGUUGUGGUCUUCUUGCUGGGGGUCCUCACCGCCUUCUCCGGCGCGGUGGUGGACGGAGACACGGCUUCCCUGGUGGAGAGGAAAUAUUCCCAUUACUGCUUCCACUCUGUGGUUGUGAACCCUGCCUGCGAGCAGCUGAGGGAUUACCAGCGGAGUCUGGUCAUCUCCACUGUUCUCAGCACUUUGGAGUGUGUGCUGGGGCUCAUCAACCUGGUGAUCAUCAAGAGGUACAAAACGGCGCAGUUUUCUAGGAGCCGCCAGUGCCAGCGGCGGGGCGCAGGAGCCAUCCUGUUCAGCGAGGAGCGGGACUGCUCCUCGGCGGAUUUCCAGCCGGUGUCUUACAUCAACCUGGGGGUUUUUACUGUGUUUGAUGAGACGGGAGCCGAGGUGCAGAGUGGGGGACACCCGUCCAUCGAGCUGCCCGGAUACUCGCCCUCGGACCCGGAGCUCAACCACUGCUUCCCCUUCUCCUUCCCGAUCCCCAGUGAACUGCCGCCCGCGUACGAAGACAUUUUCCCCGGUGAGGCAUGCAACACAUAGCCGCUCUGGAGCAGUGCUUCCUCUGCUGUGACAAUCAAUGACUUUGUGCUUAAACAAACCCCCCUCUUCUUCUUCUUCUUCCAACAUCUCCCCCCCAUCUAAAGCAGUAAGUUACACAGGAGGACAGCAGCGGUGGAUUUUAAUUCAGCUGAUUUCUUCUCAUUCUGGUUCAUUUCUUACACCUCAUGCUGUAAACCUCCAGUCAGACUGAUCAAAGUGAAACAGGCACAGCAGCCACAUCAAGGCCCAUAAACGCAACAGCUUGCUACUAUAUCAAAAAGCAGAGUUUGUGUUCUGAAUGUUUGCUGUUUUUACUUGUGAAUAAAACGCAUAUUUAACCUCA